AUGCCUCUCACCAAACUCAACUUCAUUACCGGCAACAAGAACAAACUCGCCGAGGUGCGAGCGAUUCUCGGCAACGUCAUCGAGGUCGACAACCAAGCCGUCGAUGUCCCCGAGAUCCAGGGGACUAUCGAGGAGAUUGCCAAAGAGAAAGCCCGACGAGCUGCUGAAGCGAUCAAUGGCCCCGCUUUGACGGAGGAUACGGCUUUGGAAUUUGAUGCCCUGAAGGGAUUACCUGGUCCAUACAUUAAAACAUUCAUGGAAUCGCUUGGCCAUGAAGGGUUGAACAAGAUGCUGGAUGGGUUUGAGGAUCGUAGUGCGCAGGCUGUUUGCACCUUUGCCUUUUGUCGGGGACCAGGAGAGGAGCCUUUGAUUUUCCAGGGACGGACGGCGGGUACUAUUGUGCGGCCCCGAGGUCCCACCAAGUUUGGAUGGGAUCCUAUCUUUGAAUAUGAAGGCAAGACAUAUGCCGAGAUGGAUAAAGAGGCAAAGAACAAAAUUUCCCAUCGAUACAAGGCGCUGGUCAAGCUCCAGCAAUGGUUGGCAGAGGGUCAGCAGUGA